GAGAGCCUCAGGGCCUGACGAGGCGAAAAGAAGACGAGGAGCACCGCAGUCAGUCACGAGGUCGAGGGCACGAGGAGUCUCGGCGGUGCCGAGGCCGAAAGCCGCUACUGUAUGGUGGAGCGUCCAAGGAGGAAAAAGAGCAGCGGUGAUCCUCUUCGCUCGGCGCCGAUCUCUUUCAUGGGGAUUGCGGCGGCGUGGGUGACCCUCUCGCACGCCGAUCGGUCUUUUGUUGUGAAGUGCGACGACCAAUAGUGUGUACAUAAUUUUGAGAAAAGUUUAUCGCGAAGCGUCGAGAGAAGUAAAUGCGCGUACAAUAUUUUAUAUGCCUGUACGCACAGACUUGACGGUGUAGCACAGAGGGUAUAAAGUCACUACCACAUUACAGUGAAAUAAUUGGUUUAUCCAGGGACAUAUAUCCUGGGUGAUCGAGAUAAGCACCAAAGUCAAAAAUAAUGGACAGCAAUGCAGAUGCUGACAACCUGACCUUGAGUUGCGGUGAGAACGAUAUGGGGGAUGAAUUAAAGAUUGGAGCCGAUGAAACAUACGAUACACGAAGUGAAGUUUCAUCGAGCAGCUCAGGAUCCGAUUCCAGUCAACCUACUAUUACUUCCGUUUCGUCAAAAUCAUCAAAGGAAGAUCCAAAGAGAAAUCAUAGAAGUAGGGGUAAAAGAAGACAAUCAAGAGAUUCGUCAUCCUCCAGUCCCGAAGCAAAAAGAGCUCGGUCAAAAGAAAGUUCGAAAUCAAAAGGAGGAACAAAUACUGUAUCCACUGCAAAGAGCUACGAUUAUGCGACAAAGUUAAAUUACUUGUUUAGGGACGCAAGGUUUUUCAUCAUUAAAUCGAACAACGCUGAAAAUGUUACUCUAUCAAAGGCCAAAGGAGUUUGGAGUACACUUCCACAAAAUGAGGCAAACCUUAAUCAGGCUUACAGAGAGUCGAGAAAUGUUUUACUUAUUUAUUCGGUAAAGGAGUCGGGAAAGUUUGCUGGUUUUGCAAGACUCAGCACGGAGUCUCGAAGAGAUGGAACUUCUAUCUCUUGGGUGCUACCUCCCGGAUUGUCGGCCAAAGCUUUAGGUGGAGUUUUUAAAGUGGACUGGAUAUGUAGAAAGGAGUUACCUUUCACGUCAACCUUACAUCUCUAUAAUCCAUGGAACAAUGGAAAGCAAGUGAAAAUUGGUCGCGACGGUCAGGAAAUCGAGCCUCGCGUUGCCGAGGAGUUAUGCCGAUUAUUUCCCGAGGACGAAGGUAUUGAAAUGACUCCUAUUUUACGUAAAUCAAAAGAAGCUGCUAAACAUGUGGUGAAACCAAUAGCCAGGAAUCACCACGAAAGUAGAACUGUGAUAACGCCUAGAUUUAUUCGAACUCGUGGCAGAGGACGCAGACUAUUUCUUACGUCCAGGUCAAGAUUGGCCUCUUUAGCGAGGGGCGGACACUUAUCAUCAGACCACAGAAAUUCACGGGACCAUCAUCGAUAUUCCAGUUGGUUCAAUCGCGGAGAAUAUUCCAAAGGCUACGGCGCCUCGGUCCUGGGCGUGGCAGCAGCCGCGGAGGCCUACGUCGCGGACUAUAUGCGCACGAUGCAGCAUCAGCUGCCGCCCUUGCCGCCUUACGUCGCCUCGCUGCCUUACGACACGCUACCGCCGCCCCCGCCGCCACCCCCGCGCUACUACGAGGGGCUACCGCUGCCACCGGACUACAGCGUCGCGGCUGCAGCUGCGAGCAGCCUCGAGAAGCGCAGCUACGAGCGCAGCGUUGACGAGUUCCUCUGGCGUACGACGAGCAGUCGACACGGCCGACACGGCGAGCACCGCUCAUCGCGCGAUCAUCAUCAUCAUCGAUAUCGCGAGCGCAGAUAGAUACCAGAAUAUUUCUCUCCUAUUUAAGGAGAUUGUACGACGGUCCAUUUUUUU